AUGACAGUCAAUGCAGAGGGUAUCCCUUCCAAUAGUCCUCCUGAAUUCAGCAAUCUUCCUGAGGACUCGAAGUGCAUGAUACAAGUCAUUGAAACCCAGGAUGAGGAUGAGGGUAACAAGAAUGAUGAUGAGGAUGCGGAGGGAUCAACGGAAAGUGAUGAAAAAGGCGUACAAGGAGAGGGAUCGGGGGGGAAUAUCGUGAAGCCAGCUCUUUUGAUGGAUGAAUUUAGGGUUGAGAGAGAUGAAUUGAAGAAGGAGAGAGAGGAGUUGAAGAACGAGAGAGAUGAGCUGAGGAAAGAGAAAGAAGAGUUGAGAAAGAGAGAAGAGAAGCUCGAUGAGAGGGAGGGGUUGUUGAAAGAGAAGGAAGUGUUGAAGAUGGAGAGAGAAGAUUUGAAUGAGAGAGCAUGGUUGAAGAAGGAGAAGGAAUUGUUUUUUAAGGAGAAAGAGGAGUUGAAUAGGCAGAUGUGUGAGUUAUUGAGAGAGACUGAAAAUUUAGCAAAGGAGAGGGAUGACUUCAAGAAGGAGAAGGAAGAUUUCUAUACACAGAGGGGGUAG